AUGUGUGCAGAAAGACUGGUAAGUUUAUGAAUGCUUUAUGAAAAUAAUUAAUUUUAUGUUAGUUUAAAAGUGAAACCAUUUGUCUGAUAGGAUUUUUUAAAAACUUAGGUUGUUUUUACUUUUUAAAAAAAUGACAUUUAUAGUGUAAAUCUGUGGUUUAGUGAGAUGAAUUGAUGCUUAUCCUCCCUGCCUUACACAAAAGGAAAAAAUCUUUUAUUUUUAAAAUGUUAUAAUAGUCUGAGGAUAAGGCGAUUUAAUUUAGAAACAUUACAUUCAAACAUUGUUCUCAACUGCCAAACAAAAAUAUUUAAUAACAGAAGCAAGGCAAAAAUAGUAAAAUGUGUUAAUAGUUGCAACCCAAGCAAAAAAAAGAAAAAAAAAAUCUGAUUCAGGACCUACAGUAUGCUUCGUUCAAGUUACCUUGGAAGUCAGCAUUGAAAAUGAUGUCAAAAGUUCCCAGCGUUUCAGUCGGAAAAAAGCAAAAUGGGAGGCGGUAACAGGAUGGCUCGCCUUGUCCAAAUAUAAGGCAAGCGCUAAAAUAACUCAUGUAGGUGUAGCCAUCUUGUUUUAGGCCUCUGAUUUUGCCUUUUUCCGACUUGGUAACUGAAACACUGGGAACUUGGGUGUGACGUCAUUUUCAGCUCCGACAUCUGACUUUCGAGGUAACUCGAAUGCAGCAUUAGACAUGACUUAUGACAUGAUAUGAAAAAGUAAAUAUUUUUAUUUGAUGAAAGGGUUUCAGUGUUUAAAACAUUGUUUGUGUUUCUUCUCUAGGCUACAACUUCAAGCCCACACAGACUCUUUGAAAUAGACACAAUGUCUGCAAAACAUGUUGAAGAUGUCCAAACACCGGUGAAAAACCCAGCUGGCCAGUCGUUCUUCAAGAGGGUAAAGAAAGCUUUCAAGAAAACAUUUUGCAGAUAUACGAGCAGUUCUUCCUCAGCGGGCUCAUCAGAAGAGAAAGAGUUGAGAAGAUCCUCAUUUGAACCUUCUGCUUGCUCCACCCCAUCACUUAAUGUGGUGGAUGAACAUGCUCAGCUGGAGGACCAACUGCCAGCAGAAAUCCCCCCUGAAGAGAAAAAGAAAGCUUCAACAAAACCUGACCAGUGCCUGGAAGAAGCUAAAGCAGAGGGACAAAAAAUUCCCCAAUUGGUUCAGCCACAAACAGGGACAGAUGAAGUCACCCAGUCAGAGGAAGUGAAGUUUUCUUCUCCAACCAUCCUGCGAAUUCAAGUCUCACCCUACAAAGCGGAAGGAAGUGAGGAGUCCAAAGCUGGAGGACAGCCAACAAAGAGGGCCUUGGAUUCAGAUACUGUAAAAAAAAGUCAGCAAGGAUGAAAGACUCUCCUCUAACAAAGAGUUUCAGAGGACCUGCAUUGGCAAGAAGAAUGUGGAUGCUCAGAAGGAAGUUAAUCCUGCCCCGGUGAAAAACAAAUCCCCUUGGAAACUAUUCUACAAAGGGGAUCAGAAGACCUGCAUUGGCGAGAAGAAGAAAAUUGUCCCUCAAUCCAAGGGGGAAGCUUCAACCAAACCUGACCAGCGCUGUGCCCACGUGGGAAAACUUAAAGGAGGCAUUUCAGCUAAUGACCAGGCAGGCAGAGUCACUCAGAUGUUAAAGGGCCCAUCACAGGCCACCAAGACAGCCAAAACCCAUGUUGUGGUUAACAGGAGUGUGGAGGCUCUGCAGACCUCUGAGGAUGUCAAUGCUCAGAAGAAAGUUAAUCCUGCCCCGGUGAAACAGAAAUCUCCUUGGAAACUAUUCUACAAAGGGUAUCAGAAGACCUGCAUUGGUGAGAAGAAGAAAAUUGUCCCUCAAUCUGAGGGGGAAGCCUUAACCAAACCUGACCAGGGCUAUGCCCACGCGGGAAAACCUAAAGGAGGCAUUUCAGCUAAUGACCAGGCAGGCAGAGUCACUCAGAUGUUAAAGGGCCCAUCACAGGCCACCAAGACAGCCAAAACCCAUGUUGUGGUUAACAGGAGUGUGGAGGCUCUGCAGACCUCUGAGGAUGUCAAUGCUCAGAAGAAAGUUAAUCCUGCCCCGGUGAAACAGGUCUUUUGCAAACGCCAUGGUUUAAGCAUUGAUUUCAGAAAAUUAAGAAAUAAUUAA